CAAAUGCGUGAGAAAUUCCUGGUUUAGUCCGCCGACUCUAGUCCAAAGUCUGCCAUUGUUUACGGCGUCCUUUAUCCGCCCCUUCCUUCUCCGUCUUCUCGAGGGGGUUUUCCUCCUAACAUUACUUCAAACCUAUAUUUUAAAAAUAAUUUUAUUUCAAGAAAAAUAAUCCUCCGGUUAAUCGAUUUUUGAGUACCAAAGAGAAAGUUUCGGUACCAGUAGGUUGAAUUAUUUUUUGCUAUGUGUAUAUUCAGGAGCAGAGCUGUGCCCGCCUGUAGAGUGAAUAAAGAAGUAGCAUUUUUUUCUUCAAUUAUAUUGGGGUCAUAUAGCAGAAAACAUGUACAAUAUGAACACUAACUACAGCCCUCGGAAGUACAAAUUAUUCUUGAUAUCAUGAUUCGCCAUUGCUGCUCCAGUCUCUUUAAAACUGCUCAAGCUUUAGAGUUUAUUUGAGUUCCGUGUUUGAGCUUUUGGAUUUCAGCUUGCUUAUAGAUAUUGCUGAAGUAGAUCCACAUGGAAACAAAUAUUGCAAAGGCAUUGGAUAGAGUGGUGCCUAAUUUGAAACGAAAGCAGGCUAGUCAAUGUGCUGCAAGAUUAAAUGGAGCUUCCCACUCAGUGCUACCUCAUUGGUCAUCCUUAACAUUUCCAACAGACAAUUAUGUCAAACGGAGGAGAUUGGGUGAACAUACAAGCAUGUAUACCAAUUAUGGGUCUAAUUUCAGACAAUCUUUACUUAGAUGUUAUUUGAACUUCAAAAAAAGUGGGAGGCCAGAACGGUUGAUGUUCUAUCAGAGUGGUGAAUGGACGGACUUCCCUGAGGAUGUUGUCAACUUGGUUAGAAACGAAUUAGAGGUAAAGAAGGCUUCUGUGGAAGUAGACUUUAAUGGGGAUCAUCUUGUGCUAGAUUUUCUGCACAUGUAUCAGAUGGACCUGAAAACUGGUUCACGGCAACCUAUUGCAUGGAUUGAUGAGAAGGGGCACUGCUUCUUUCCUGAAGUUUGUGCUGCUUCUGAUGAAAGAGUUUGUGAACAUCUGUGCGAGGAGCCUUCUGAACCUAAUGAGAUAAAAUUGCAUUUGGAUAUUGAAAUAAAUGGAGUGGAUAAAUCCAAGUUGAGUGAAUGUAGUGGUGAGUCAAAUGCGGUAUUGAAGCAUAUUCAAAUUGAUUCAAAGCAACCCUGCAAUCAGUAUGACGUAGAAGUUGAAGAUGGUAGUAACGAGCUGGAUAUUGAAAAUUUUGGCAAAGCUAUUGAGCAAAAUCAAGAGAUAGGUUUAGAUGCACAUACUGAAUCUGUAAAUGGAAAAUUGGAUUUGGAUACUGUACAGAACAUGUUUCUUAAGGGCAUGAAUAGUUAUGGCACUACUAACAUAGUGGAGAUAUAUCGCAUCUCAAACACUUUGAUGCAAUCACGAUUGGAGCUAUUCCAGAAGCAGGCUGAAAUUACAAAGAAGUGUCGUGCAUAUGCUAAUAUUCAAUAUGCUUGGCUUGCUUCUUCCAAAGGAGAACUGUCAACAAUCUUGAAGUAUGGGCUUGGGCAUUGUGGUCUAUCUGCAACUAAAUCUGUAUAUGGUGCUGGUGUUCGUCUUGCAGCUGUUGGCUGCCCUAUCACGAGUGCAAUUGAUUGUGAUGUUGACGAAAUUGGGGUACGACACAUGGUGUUUUGUCGUGUAAUAUUGGGAAACAUGGAGCGUCUCCGUCCUGGCACUAGGCAAUUUCAUCCCAGUAGUAAUGACUAUGAUAGUGGGGUAGAUGAGAUUCAAAGUCCGAGAUACUAUGUAGUAUGGAAUAUGAAUUUGAAUACUCACAUCUAUCCAGAAUUCGUUGUUAGUUUCAAGGUUUCUUCUGAUGUUGAAGGGGAUCAUUUUGGCAUUGAAAGUAAACGAAAUGUUUCCAGAGUUAUUACACCCUGUCAAGGUCCAGGCCUGUUACAAUCUGAGUCUUCUACUGUAGAUAUAAAGAGUGUUAGCCGACCAACUUUAGACCAUGGGAUUCCUCAAGGGAAAGCUGCUAGUAUGAACUCUAGCUCUUCAAGAGGUCCGAAAUCCCCUUGGAUGCCUUUUUCUAUGCUUUUUGCUGCUUUAUCAAACAAGGUUCCUCCCAUGGACAUGAAGCUUAUCAAUGCACAUUAUGAACAAUUCAGGGCCAAGAAGAUAGCCCGUGAUGAUUUUGUGAAGAAGUUGAGAUUGAUAGUCGGAGAUACUCUAUUGAGAACUACAAUAACAAAGCUUCAGUGCAAGAUGCCAUCCGACUCAGGGUGUGAAUGGGGCAAAAGUCAAGCAGCUACAUAGAGGCUGAGGCUGCCUUGACGUGACGGAGGUAGAGAACUCUGAUUAUCUGCUUUUGGAUUAUGUCUAGCGAGUGUCAUAUCGAUUAGUUUAAAUGCUUGAAAUGCGUCGACAUGAAUAUGUGAAUUACGGGGCUAAGGACCAUGACUUGCCGGAGCAUCUAGGCUUGAGUCUCUGAUUUACUUCCCCUCAAAGUAAGGGGGAAAAACUCUUUUCUUUUUGCAUUUACUAUCUUUUUUCCCCUCGACUUCUUUGAUGAAAUUGGAUCGUUGUUGUUACUGGUAGUCCAUUAGAGCUGGCUUUGGAUUUCAUGUGAUGGUGGUAUAUUUUAAUCCCAAUUUCUACUGUC